UCGCGCUUAAAGUGAUACAUAUGUACCUAGGUACCUAACCUACGUAUGUGUGGAUCCGUUGCUACGCACGGACCAUCCACUGGCGGGACUCGUCUCGUACAUAUGAGGGGCGCGCAUCAAAGCGGCGGGGCUAAAGAGCCUCAAUGAAUGCCUGGUAACGUGGGGGCGGGGGAUGUUGGAGAUACAUGUAUUAGAUAUUACAACCUUUUUCUUUUCAAUACAACAUCCUAUCCUCCUCUAAUCCUUUCUGUUGGUUGCCUUACGUUAUGCUUAUAUUAGGUACCUAGGCACACACUCGGUAAGUCUACAACCUUCCGUAUUGAGGAGGCCGUGCGACACUCAAGAAAAGAUAUGUCAGAUCACGGAGAAAGGAAAAAUGAAAUUAAUUAGAGCUGGAGAUUGGGUGUUGGGAGUUGGGAGUUGGGAGUUGGGCUGGCCUCCAAUUGUAGUUGGAGGAGUUCUUAAUUUGUCCUACCUCACAUCUACCUCACAUCUCUAUCCCUAUCCCUACAUCUGCCAGAUUCUGCCUAAGUUGGCCGUGAGCUUUGGUGCCGCAUCACUGUCAACUUUACCGUUUGUGAGUUAUUGUAGACAGCGUCGUCCAUCAAGUUUCCUCUUGUCAUAUUGCCCUCACCCUAAUCCCUAAUCAUCCAACAUGGCUGGCACUGUCAUCCUUACUGGAGCCAACGGUUCAGUUGGCAUCCCCGCAGCCGAACAGCUUCUGAAAGACAAUACACAGAACUUACGUCAAGUCAUCGCGCGUUACCCAGACGCGAAGGCCUCGAUUUAUCAGGUUGACUUAGCAAAUCUUUCGGCAGUGCAUGAAUUCGCUAGCAAGAUAUCGAAGGCGGUUGAGACUGGGGAGUAUCCGGCCCUCAAAUCCAUCAUAUGCUGUGCCUCGUAUUGGAACCUCGUCGGCGACUCCGAGCUUACGACAGAUGGUUAUGACAAAACUCUACAGGUUGGCCAUAUCGCGCAUGUCGCCCUCGUGUUGCGACUCAUUGGUAGCUUCGCUUCCGACGGCCGUAUCGUGCUCUUCUCAAGCAUUGGCCACUAUCGCAAACCGAAUGCUAUGACGUCCUAUUUGCCUGAUAUUCCUGAUGAUGUCGAUCAGCUCAAUCACCCGCCCGCAAGCGAGGACAAGAAGGGCCGUGGCUUUCAACGGUACGCGAAUUCCAAGCUUGUUAUCACAACUUGGAUGUACCCCCUUAACCGUUACCUGCAGCAAAACCCAAAGUUCAAGAACAUCACCGCCGUAGCUAUCAACCCAGGUGGACUCGGCGAUUCGCGUGCCUUUACUUCUAAUACUCCCCGAUCCGUACAGCUCGCCCAGAAAUUCGUCCUCAAACCAUUCAUGUCAAUAAUCCAUCGCCUAGCCGAUCCGACAUUCCGCUCAUCAGCCGAGGCGGCCAAGGAUGUUAUAAAACUUGCAGUAGACAAGGCAUAUCAGAGUGAACAAGGUUACUUUACCUUACUGCAGAAGGAUGACAGUGACCCCAUUACAAUGGAUGAGCGUGUACAGCAAAGAGUCUGGCGAAAGAGCUUGGACUGGGCCAAGAUCACGAAGGACAACACAGCUCUAAAGAAUGUUAUGGACUGAUCAUUUAUACGGAUUUGACAACCAGAAGGUUCUGACUAGGCGGCCUGAUCAUGUCACAUUUCCUCUAAAUUUGAAAGGUCUAACCUCGCUG